GCCUGGCGGGCGACGUUCCCCGUGCGUGCAGGCGCUUGACUUCACUUCCGGCUAACGCGCUCCGCUUUGCCCCCUGGCCCCGGAUGGUGACUGGCUGUGGUGCUGCACCUCCCGGGACUGUCACUGAGCGGCUUCCCAGUGUGAUUGUGCUGAGCGCAGGCCGGAAGAUGGCGGCUGCGGCUGCGGAGGCCUCGGGCCCGAGCUGCUCCUCCGCGGCGGCGGCGGCGGCGGCGGGGGCGGGGGCGGCCGGGGUCUCCGAGUGGCUGGUGCUGCGGGAUGGCUGCAUGCGCUGCGACGCCGACGGGCUGCACAGCCUCUCCUACCACCCGGCGCUUAACGCCAUCCUGGCCGUCACCAGCCGCGGGACCAUCAAAGUCAUCGACGGCACGUCGGGGGCCACCCUUCAGGCCUCGGCGCUCAGCGCUAAACCAGGUGGACAGGUGAAAUGUCAGUAUAUUUCUGCUGUGGAUAAAGUUAUAUUUGUGGAUGAUUACGCAGUAGGUUGUAGGAAGGACCUUAAUGGGAUCUUGUUGCUAGACACUGCUCUACAAACUCCAGUUUCAAAGCAGGAUGAUGUGGUUCAGCUUGAACUUCCCGUCACAGAGGCACAGCAGCUCUUAUCAGCAUGUAUAGAAAAGAUAGAUGUUUCUAGUACAGAGGGUUAUGAUUUGUUCAUCACACAGCUCAAAGAUGGUUUAAAAAAUACAUCUCAUGAAACUGCAGCAAACCAUAAAGUUGCUAAGUGGGCCACAGUUACAUUUCAUCUUCCUCAUCAUGUAUUGAAGUCUAUUGCCAGUGCCAUUGUGAAUGAACUUAAGAAAAUAAAUCAAAAUGUUGCUGCCUUACCUGUGGCGUCCUCAGUGAUGGACAGAUUGUCUUACCUCUUACCCAGUGCACGUCCAGAACUUGGAGUUGGGCCAGGCCGUUCUGUAGACAGGGCAUUGAUGUAUAGUGAAGCUAACAGAAGGGAGACUUUCACUUCAUGGCCUCAUGUUGGCUAUAGGUGGGCACAGCCAGAUCCCAUGGCUCAAGCUGGAUUUUAUCACCAGCCUGCUUCAUCUGGAGAUGAUAGAGCCAUGUGUUUUACUUGUAGUGUAUGCCUCGUUUGUUGGGAACCUACGGAUGAACCUUGGUCUGAACAUGAGAGACACUCUCCCAACUGCCCCUUUGUGAAGGGUGAGCACACCCAGAAUGUGCCCUUGUCAGUCACCCUGGCGACGAGUCCUGCACAGCUCCCUUCUGCAGAUGGAGCUGACAGAAUAGCUUGCUUUGGGUCUGGGAGCUGUCCUCAGUUUCUAGCUGCUGCGACCAAACGUGGGAAGAUCUGCAUAUGGGACGUCUCCAAACUCAUGAAGGUGCACUUGAAGUUUGAAAUUAAUGCCUAUGACCCAGCAAUUGUGCAACAGUUGAUCCUAUCAGGAGACCCAAGUUCAGGAGUUGAUUCAAGGAGACCCACUUUGGCAUGGCUGGAAGACUCUUCUAGUUGCUCAGACAUACCAAAACUUGAAGGAGACAGUGAUGAUUUGCUAGAGGAUUCAGACAGUGAAGAGCAUUCCAGAUCGGAUUCUGUGACAGGGCACACAUCACAGAAGGACGCCAUGGAAGUAAGCCUUGAUAUAACAGCUCUCAGCAUUCUCCAGCAGCCAGAAAAACUGCAGUGGGAGAUUGUGGCUAAUGUGCUUGAAGAUACUGUUAAGGAUCUUGAAGAACUUGGGGCGAACCCCUCCUUAACGAACUCUAAGAGUGAAAAGACAAAGGAAAAGCACCAGGAACAGCACAACAUUCCCUUCCCGUGUUUAUUGGCUGGAGGGUUAUUAACAUAUAAGUCUCCCGCUGCCUCACCCAUUAGUAGUAAUUCUCACAGGUCACUGGAUGGUUUAAGCAGAACUCAGGGCGAAAGUAUAUCAGAACAAGGGUCAACUGACAAUGAAUCCUGCACAAAUUCAGAACUGAAUUCUCCUCUGGUCAGGAGGACUUUACCUGUGUUGCUUCUGUAUAGUAUCAAAGAAUCUGAUGAGAAAGCAGGAAAAAUCUUUUCACAGAUGAACAAUAUCAUGAGUAAAAGUUUGCACGAUGAUGGUUUUACAGUCCCACAGAUUAUUGAGAUGGAGCUGGAGAACCAGGAGCAGCUGUUGUUACAGGAUCCGCCUGUGACUUACAUGCAGCAGUUUGCAGAUGCAGCCGCCAGCCUCACUUCGCCAGACUCUGAGAAGUGGAACUCUGUGUUCCCCAAGCCUGGGACUUUGGUGCAGUGCUUGAGGCUACCAAAGUUUGCAGAGGAGGAGACUCUUUGUAUAGACUCUAUAACUCCUUGUGCUGAUGGAAUUCAUUUGUUGGUAGGACUGCGGACAUGCUCUGUGGAAUCAUUGAGUGCAAUAAAUCAAGUGGAGGCCUUGAAUAAUUUAAAUAAAUUAAACUCUGCACUAUGUAAUAGACGUAAAGGUGAUCUGGAAUCCAAUCUUGCUGUAGUGAAUGGCGCAAAUAUCAGUGUGAUCCAACCUGAGUCACCAGCAGACGUGCCAGCUCCUCUGAUCACUCAGCCGGAGCAGAGGAAUGUUAGCGGUGGAUAUUUAGUUCUUUACAAGAUGAAUUAUACCACUCGAAUAGUGACUUUAGAAGAGGAGCCAGUGAAAAUCCAACAUAUCAAAGAUCCCCAGGACACAAUUACCUCGCUCAUUUUGCUUCCACCAGAUAUACUGGAUAAUCGAGAAGAUGACUGUGAAGAACCUGCUGAGGAAAUGCAGUUGGCUGCAAAGAAUGGGAUUGAAAAAGAAAAAAAGUCUGACAUUUCUACUCUUGGACACCUGGUAGUAACCACUCAGGGAGGAUACGUAAAAGUAUUAGACCUUUCAAACUUCGAAAUUUUGGCCAAAGUGGAGCCUCCCAAAAAGGAGGGCACUGAAGAACAGGAUACAUUUGUUUCUGUCAUUUACUGCUCAGGCACAGACAGGCUGUGUGCUUGCACCAAAGGUGGUGAGCUUCAUUUUCUCCAAAUUGGAGGAACCUGUGAUGAUAUUGAUGAAGCUGAUAUUCUGGUAGAUGGAUCCCUUUCUAAAGGAAUAGAACCAUCAUUAGAAGGUUCCAGACCUUUAUCAAAUCCUUCAAGUCCUGGUAUUUCAGGAGUUGACUUACUGGUGGACCAGCCUUUCACACUUGAAAUCUUGACGUCUCUAGUAGAACUAACUCGAUUUGAAACACUGACUCCACGAUUUUCAGCAACUGUUCCUCCAUGUUGGGUAGAAGUUCAGCAAGAACAGCAGCAACGAAGGCACCCUCAGCAUCUGCACCAGCAGCACCAUGGAGAUGCUGCUCAGCAUACCCGGACGUGGAAACUGCAGCCCGACAGCAACAGCUGGGAUGAACAUGUGUUUGAAUUGGUUCUACCUAAAGCCUGUAUGGUUGGACAUGUGGACUUCAAAUUCGUUCUGAACUCCAACAUCACCAGUGUCCCCCAGAUACAAGUGACACUGCUGAAGAACAAAGCUCCAGGCCUAGGGAAAGCCAAUGCUCUUAACAUUGAAGUGGAACAUAAUGGGAACCCGUCCCUGGUUGAUUUGAAUGAAGAAAUGCACCACAUGGAUGUAGAGGAGUCACAGUGUCUUAGGUUAUGUCCAUUCUUAGAGGAUCAUAAAGAAGACAUUCUGUGUGGCCCAGUAUGGCUUGCUAGUGGUCUAGACCUAUCAGGUCAUGCUGGGAUGUUGACAUUGACAAGCCCCAAACUUGUUAAAGGUAUGGCAGGUGGGAAGUACCGUUCAUUUUUAAUUCAUGUCAAAGCAGUGAGUGACCGUGGAGCAGCAGAUGAGAUGUGCAGCAGUGGCCUGCGUCCUGUUGUCAGGCUUCCAUCUCUUAAACAGCAGGGCCACAAGGGAUACUCACUGGCUUCUCUCUUGGCCAAAGUUGCAGCAGGCAAGGAAAAAUCAUCUAAUGUUAAAAAUGAAAAUGCAGGAGGCACUCGAAAGUCUGAAAACCUGCGUGGUUGUGAUUUACUUCAAGAAGUCUCUGUCACCAUUCGGAGAUUUAAGAAAACUUCAAUUUGUAAGGAGAGGGUUCAGCGUUGUGCCAUGUUACAGUUUUCAGAAUUUCAUGAGAAGCUUCUUAACACUCUUUGUAGAAGAUCAGACGAUGGGCAGGUCACAGAACACGCACAGAGUCUUGUGUUGGAUGCUCUCUGCUGGUUGGCAGGAGUCCAUUCAAAUGGCCCUGGCAGCUCAAAGGAAGGAAAUGAGUGCCUACUUUCAAAAACACGGAAAUGUCUUUCAGAUAUUGUCCGUGUUUGCUUCUUUGAGGCAGGACGAAGUAUAGCCCAUAAAUGUGCUCGAUUUCUAGCCUUGUGCAUUAGUAAUGGCAAAUGUGACCCCUGUCAGCCUGGAUUUGGAUCAGUUCUAUUGAAGGCUUUACUUGAUAAUAUGUGCUUUUUACCAGCAGCAGCAACUGGUGGUUCUGUCUACUGGUAUUUUGUACUGCUGAAUUACGUUAAGGAUGAAGACUUGGCUGGAUGCAGCACAGCGUGUGCAGCCUUACUCACGGCCGUGUCCAGACAGUUGCAGGACAGGCUAACCCCGCUGGAGGCUCUGCUUCAAACAAGAUAUGGAUUAUACAGCUCCCCAUUUGAUCCAGUUCUUUUUGACUUGGAGAUGAGUGGCUCUUCUUGUAAAAAUGUAUACAAUAGCAGCACUGGUGUCCAGUCAGAUGAGAUUGACUUAUCGGAUGUUCUUUCAGGGAAUGGAAAAGUCAGUAGUUGCACAGCUGCUGAGGGAAGCUUCACGUCUCUCACUGGACUUCUAGAGGUUGAACCCCUUCACUUUACUUGCGUGUCAACUAGUGAUGGAACCAGAAUAGAAAGGGAUGAUGCAAUGAGUUCCUUCGGGGUUCCUCCUGCAGUAGGUGGCCUGUCAUCUGGCACAGUUGGGGAAGCCUCGACAGCCCUGAGUUCAGCAGCCCAGGUAGCUUUGCAGUCUCUCUCUCAUGCAAUGGCUUCAGCCGAGCAACAGCUGCAGGUGCUGCAAGAGAAACAGCAGCAGCUUUUGAAGCUUCAGCAACAGAAAGCAAAGCUGGAAGCCAAGUUGCAUCAGACAACAGCAGCAGCAGCCGCAGCUGCAUCAGCAGCAGCCGCAGCUGCAGCAGGUCCUGUUCACAAUGCAGUGCCUUCCAACCCAGUGGCUGCUCCUGGAUUCUUCAUCCAUCCAUCUGAUGUUAUUCCCCCCACUCCAAAAACAACACCACUUUUUAUGACUCCCCCGCUUACUCCGCCCAAUGAAGCAGUUUCUGUUGUGAUUAAUGCUGAACUUGCACAGCUUUUCCCAGGCUCAGUCAUUGAUCCUCCAGCAGUGAAUCUUGCUGCCCAUAACAAAAACUCCAACAAAUCUAGAAUGAAUCCACUUGGUUCUGGCCUGGCCCUUGCAAUUUCUCAUGCCUCACAUUUUCUUCAGCCGCCACCUCACCAGUCCAUUAUUAUAGAGCGAAUGCAUUCAGGAGCCAGGAGAUUUGUCACCCUGGAUUUUGGAAGACCUAUACUGUUGACAGAUGUACUGAUUCCUACUUGUGGAGACUUGGCAUCUUUAUCAAUUGACAUAUGGACAUUAGGGGAAGAAGUAGAUGGAAGGCGUUUGGUAGUGGCAACUGAUAUAAGUACUCAUUCAUUAAUUCUUCAUGACUUAAUACCUCCACCUGUAUGCAGAUUCAUGAAGAUAACUGUCAUUGGACGCUAUGGAAGCACAAAUGCCAGAGCAAAGAUCCCCUUGGGGUUUUACUAUGGGCACACUUAUAUUUUACCUUGGGAAAGUGAACUGAAGUUGAUGCAUGAUCCUCUCAGAGGAGAAGGAGAAUCUGCCAACCAACCAGAAAUUGACCAGCAUUUAGCAAUGAUGGUUGCUCUACAAGAAGAUAUACAGUGCAGAUAUAACUUAGCCUGUCAUCGUCUGGAAGCCCUUUUGCAGAGUAUUGAUCUUCCUCCUCUCAAUAGUGCGAACAAUGCACAGUACUUUUUGAGAAAACCAGACAAAGCAGUUGAGGAAGACAGUAGAGUUUUUUCUGCUUAUCAAGAUUGCAUUCAGCUCCAGCUUCAAUUAAAUCUGGCUCAUAAUGCAGUGCAGAGGCUCAGAGUAGCCAUAGGUGCAAGUCGGAAGACACUGAGUGAGACAUCAGGUCCAGAAGGCCUGAUUCAGACGUCAUCCACAGAGCAGUUACGCACCAUUGUGCGGUACUUACUGGACACACUGCUCAGCCUCCUACAUGCUUCCAAUGGGCAUUCUGUUCCUGCAGUUUUGCAGAGUACCUUUCAUGCUCAGGCCUGUGAAGAACUGUUUAAACACUUGUGCAUCAGUGGGACCCCAAAGAUACGGUUGCAUACUGGCCUUCUCCUUGUUCAGCUGUGUGGUGGGGAGAGAUGGUGGGGCCAGUUUCUUUCUAACGUUCUUCAGGAACUGUAUAAUUCAGAGCAGCUUCUCAUCUUCCCACAAGAUAGGGUCUUUAUGUUACUCUCCUGCAUUGGACAGCGAUCACUUAGUAACAGUGGAGUACUGGAAAGCUUACUAAACCUCUUGGACAAUUUAUUGUCACCUCUUCAGCCAGAGUUAACCAUGCACAGAAGGACAGAAGGAGUCCUGGAUAUUCCCAUGAUCAGUUGGGUUGUGAUGCUGGUGUCCAGGUUACUGGAUUAUGUGGCCACUGUUGAAGAUGAAGCAGCAGCUGCAAAGAAACCUUUGAAUGGUAACCAAUGGAGUUUUAUUAACAAUAAUCUGCAUACUCAGAACUUAAAUAGAUCCUCCAAGGGAGGCAGUAGCCUCGAUAGAUUAUAUUCCAGAAAAAUCAGAAAGCAACUUGUUCAUCAUAAGCAGCAACUUAACCUACUAAAGGCAAAACAGAAGGCUUUGGUGGAACAGAUGGAAAAAGAAAAAAUACAGAGUAACAAAGGCUCAUCAUAUAAACUGCUGGUAGAACAAGCAAAACUGAAGCAGGCCACCUCCAAGCAUUUUAAGGAUUUGAUUCGCUUGCGCCGGACAGCAGAAUGGUCUCGUUCUAAUUUAGACACUGAAGUUACAACAACAAAAGAGAGCCCUGAGAUAGAGCCUCUUCCAUUUACUCUGGCCCAUGACCGUUGUAUCUCAGUAGUGCAAAAGCUUGUCCUGUUUCUUCUCUCCAUGGAUUUCACAUGCCAUGCAGACCUCUUACUGUUUGUCUGCAAGGUUCUUGCACGCAUUGCAAAUGCGACCAGGCCAACUAUUCAUCUGUGUGAACUUGUGAAUGAGCCGCAGCUAGAAAGACUGUUACUGCUUCUGGUCGGAACUGACUUCAACAGAGGAGACAUCUCUUGGGGUGGUGCCUGGGCUCAGUACUCUUUAACCUGUAUGCUGCAGGACAUUCUAGCAGGAGAAUUGUUGGCUCCGGUGGCUGCAGAAGCAAUGGAAGAGGGCACAGUGAGUGAAGAUGUUGGUGCAACAGCUGGCGACAGUGAUGACUCCCUGCAGCAGUCCUCUGCUCAGCUGCUGGAGACCAUAGACGAACCCCUGACGCAUGAGAUAGCAGGUACACCUCCUCUCUCUUCUUUGGAAAAAGACAAGGAAAUUGACCUUGAGCUACUUCAAGACCUCAUGGACGUUGACAUUGAUCCUUUAGAUAUUGAUCUAGAAAAGGAUCCUCUUGCAGCCAAAGUUUUUAAGCCUAUAAGCAGUACAUGGUAUGACUAUUGGGGUGCUGAUUACGGUACCUAUAAUUAUAAUCCCUACAUUGGUGGCCUGGGGAUGCCUGUAGCAAAACCACCAUCAAGCACAGAGAAGAAUGGAUCCCAGACUGUCAGUGUUUCAGUGUCUCAGGCUUUAGAUGCUCGUCUAGAAGUUGGCCUUGAACAGCAAGCAGAACUUAUGUUGAAAAUGAUGUCUACUCUGGAAGCAGACUCCAUCUUACAAGCAUUAACAAAUACAUCUCCUACCUUUUCACAAUCUCCAACUGGAACAGAUGAUUCACUUCUAGGGAAUUUACAACCAGCAAACCAGAACAGCCAGCUCAUUAUACAGCUUUCAUCUGUCCCAAUGUUAAAUGUUUGUUUCAAUAAGCUUUUCUCCAUGCUUCAAGUCCAUCAUGUUCAGUUGGAAUCACUUCUUCAGUUGUGGCUCACAUUGAGCCUUAAUUCUAGUUCAUCAGGGAACAAAGAGAAUGGAGCAGAUAUUUUUUUAUAUAAUGCUAAUCGGAUACCUGUCAUCUCAUUAAAUCAAGCGUCAAUAACUAGCUUUCUCACAGUGCUAGCUUGGUAUCCAAAUACUUUGCUCCGGACGUGGUGCCUUGUGCUUCAUAGCUUAACACUCAUGACGAAUAUGCAGCUUAAUUCUGGUUCCAGUAUUUCAAUUGGAACUCAGGAGACUACGGCUCAUUUGUUGGUUUCAGAUCCAAACCUUAUUCAUGUGUUAGUGAAAUUUCUUUCUGGUACCAGUCCUCAUGGAACGAAUCAGCAUAGCCCACAGGUCGGUCCAACAGCUACACAAGCUAUGCAAGAAUUUCUCACCCGACUACAAGUGCAUUUGUCUUCAACAUGUCCCCAGAUAUUCAGUGAACUUUUGCUCAAGUUAAUUCACAUACUUUCCACAGAAAGGGGGGCCUUCCAGACAGGGCAAGGACCUCUUGAUGCCCAAGUGAAGCUGUUAGAGUUUACCCUCGAGCAGAACUUUGAAGUGGUCUCAGUUAGUACUAUUUCUGCUGUGAUAGAGUCUGUCACCUUCUUGGUGCAUCAUUACAUCACUUGCUCAGACAAAGUCAUGUCUAGAAGUGGAUCAGACAGCUCUGUCGGUGCUCGGGCUUGCUUUGGGGGACUCUUUGCUAACCUCAUUCGUCCAGGUGAUGCAAAAGCUGUCUGUGGUGAAAUGACAAGAGAUCAACUCAUGUUUGAUUUGUUAAAACUUGUGAACAUUUUAGUACAGCUGCCUCUUUCAAGCAAUAGGGAAUACAGCGCAAGAGUGUCCGUGACCACCAAUACAACAGAUAGUGUUUCGGAUGAAGAAAAAGUCUCAGGAGGCAAAGAUGUCAGUGGAAGCAAUACCAGCAUUCCAGGAUCUCCUGCAUAUGUUGCUGACCUAGUCUUAGCCAACCAGCAAAUUAUGAGCCAGAUUUUGUCUGCUCUAGGCCUGUGUAAUAGCAGUGCCAUGGCAAUGAUAAUUGGUGCAAGUGGCUUACAUCUCACCAAACAUGAAAACUUCCAUGGUGGGUUAGAUGCCAUAUCCGUUGGAGAUGGAUUAUUUACCAUAUUGACAACACUUAGUAAGAAAGCCUCUACAGUCCAUAUGAUGUUGCAGCCAAUCUUGACCUACAUGGCCUGUGGAUACAUGGGCAGACAAGGCUCUCUUGCUACUUGCCAGUUAUCUGAACCAUUGUUGUGGUUUAUCUUGAGAGUGUUGGAUACUAGUGAUGCAUUGAAAGCUUUCCAUGAUAUGGGUGGAGUUCAGCUUAUAUGCAACAAUAUGGUUACCAGUACAAGGGCUAUUGUGAACACUGCAAGAAGUAUGGUAUCAACUAUUAUGAAAUUUCUUGAUUCUGGACCAAAUAAAGCUGUUGACAGCACUUUGAAAACAAGGAUCCUGGCCUCUGAGCCUGACAAUGCAGAAGGAAUCCAUAACUUUGCACCACUUGGUACCAUCACUUCUAGUAGUCCUACUGCCCAGCCAGCUGAGGUGCUCCUGCAAGCCACACCGCCCCAUCGAAGGGCUCGUUCUGCUGCUUGGUCCUACAUCUUUCUGCCAGAGGAAGCCUGGUGUGACCUUACCAUCCACCUUCCAUCAGCAGUGCUGCUGAAGGAGAUACACAUUCAACCUCACCUUGCAUCUCUCGCAACCUGCCCAUCGUCAGUGUCUGUUGAAGUAAGUGCAGAUGGUGUUAAUAUGCUCCCUUUGUCUACUCCUGUUGUCACAAGUGGUCUCACCUACAUAAAAAUUCAGCUUGUCAAAGCCGAAGUAGCCUCUGCUGUCUGCCUCAGACUACAUCGUCCUCGGGAUGCCAGCACACUGGGCCUCUCACAGAUCAAAUUAUUAGGCCUUACUGCUUUUGGUACCACCUCAUCAGCCACAGUUAAUAAUCCCUUUCUUCCAUCUGAAGAUCAAGUUUCUAAAACAAGCAUUGGAUGGUUACGCUUAUUACAUCAUUGCCUUACACAUAUAAGUGAUCUAGAAGGGAUGAUGGCCAGUGCAGCUGCCCCUACUGCCAAUCUGCUGCAGACUUGUGCUGCCUUACUGAUGUCACCAUACUGUGGGAUGCAUUCCCCCAACAUUGAGGUUGUGCUUGUAAAGAUUGGGCUGCAGUCCACUAGAAUUGGCCUGAAACUUAUUGACAUUCUCCUGAGGAAUUGUGCAGCAUCAGGCAGUGAUCCUACAGAUUUAAAUAGCCCUUUACUUUUUGGAAGGCUGAAUGGACUGUCCUCUGAUUCUACAAUAGAUAUUCUUUACCAGCUUGGUACAACUCAGGAUCCUGGAACUAAAGACAGAAUUCAGGCCUUGCUAAAGUGGGUCAGUGACUCUGCAAAAAUGGCUGCUUUGAAGAGAAGUGGCAGAAUGAACUAUAUGUGCCCGAGCUCAUCAGCUGUCGAGUAUGGUCUUCUCAUGCCAUCCCCCUCUCAUUUGCACUGUGUAGCAGCGAUUCUUUGGCACAGUUAUGAACUGCUGGUAGAGUAUGAUUUGCCAGCACUGCUAGACCGAGAGCUCUUUGAGUUACUUUUUAAUUGGUCCAUGUCACUUCCAUGCAACGUGGUUUUGAAGAAAGCUGUUGACAGUCUACUUUGCUCCAUGUGCCAUAUACAUCCAAAUUAUUUUUCCUUGCUCAUGGGCUGGAUGGGAAUUAUCCCUCCUCCAGUGCAGUGUCAUCAUAGACUAUCUAUGACAGAUGAUAGCAAGAAGCAAGAUCUUAGUUCAUCAUUGACAGAUGACUCCAAAAAUGCACAGGCACCUCUCUCUCUAACUGAAUCCCACUUGGCAACUCUUGCUUCCUCGUCUCAGUCCCCAGAAGCUAUUAAACAGUUGCUAGACUCGGGGUUGCCUUCCCUUCUUGUGAGGAGUCUGGCUAGUUUUUGUUUUAGUCACAUUUCCUACUCAGAAAACAUCGCUCAGUCAGUAGAUAAUUCUCAGGACAAACUCAGGCGGCAUCAUGUUCCACAGCACUGUAAUAAGAUGCCCAUCACAGCAGACCUAGUUGCUCCCAUUCUUAGGUUUUUGACAGAAGUUGGCAAUAGUCAUAUCAUGAAAGAUUGGCUUGGUGGUUCUGAAGUCAACCCACUGUGGACAGCACUUCUGUUUUUAUUGUGUCACUCUGGGUCUACCGCUGGAGGACAUAAUUUAGGGUCACAACAGAGCAGCACUAGAUCAGCUUCUCAUUCUCCAGCUACUGCAACAGUAUUGACUACCCAGCAACGGACAGCCAUUGAGAACGCAACUGUUGCCUUCUUUCUGCAGUGCAUUUCAUGUCACCCUAAUAACCAAAAGCUGAUGGCACAGGUUCUCUGUGAACUGUUUCAGACAGCUCCUCAAAGGGGUAGCCUUCCAGCACCUGGGAAUAUUUCAGGGUUUGUGCGAAGACUAUUUCUGCAGUUAAUGCUGGAGGAUGAGAAAGUGACAAUGUUUCUUCAGUCACCUUGCCCACUAUAUAAAGGGAGAAUUAAUGCAACUAGCCAUGUCAUCCAACACCCAAUGUUCGGAGCAGGCCAUAAGUUUCGUACUCUGCAUUUGCCAGUCUCAACAACGUUGUCAGACGUGCUCGAUAGAGUUUCAGAUACCCCAAGUAUCACAGCUAAACUUCUUAGUGAGCAAAAGGAUGAUAAAGAAAAGAAGAACCAUGAAGAGAAAGAAAAAGUUAAGGCAGAAAAUGGAUUUCAGGAUAACUACAGCGUCGUGGUUGCCUCUGGGCUGAAAUCACAGUCUAAACGUGCCGUGGCAUCCACACCACCUCGCCCACCAUCCAGGAGAGGAAGAACAGCUCCUGAUAAGAUAGGAAGUACAUCCUCAAGCGCAGACACCGCUAACAAAAUCAUCACCGUCCCUGUGUUUCAUCUGUUCCACAGACUCUUGGCAGGUCAGCCAUUACCAGCAGAAAUGACACUUGCCCAGCUUUUAACUCUCCUCUAUGACCGAAAACUUCCUCAAGGUUACCGUUCAAUAGAUCUUACUGUUAAAUUGGGAUCAAAAGUCAUUACAGAUCCAAGUUUGUCAAAAACAGAUUCUUUCAAAAGACUGCACCCUGAAAAAGACCAUGGAGACCUAAUUGGCAGCUGUCCAGAGGAUGAGGCUCUUACCCCGAGUGAUGAGUGCAUGGAUGGAGUAUUGGAUGAGUCUUUGCUGGAAACCUGUCCCAUUCAGUCACCAUUACAGGUUUUUGCAGGAAUGGGUGGACUGGCUCUUAUUGCAGAGAGACUGCCCAUGCUCUAUCCAGAAGUGAUUCAGCAGGUGAGUGCUCCAGUGGUAGCUUCCACCACUCAGGAAAAGCCAAAAGAUAGUGAUCAGUUUGAAUGGGUAACCAUAGAACAAUCAGGUGAACUGGUUUAUGAAGCUCCAGAGACUAUUGCAGCGGAGCCUCCACCCGUGAAGUCAGCGGUGCAAGCCACUUCUCCCAUCCCUGCCCAUUCUUUGGCUGCUUUUGGAUUAUUUCUUCGUCUUCCGGGCUAUGCUGAAGUGCUCCUGAAAGAGAGAAAGCAUGCCCAGUGCCUUCUUCGAUUGGUGUUGGGGGUCACAGACGAUGGAGAAGGCAGUCACAUUCUGCAGUCUCCAUCAGCCAAUGUGCUUCCAACCCUUCCUUUCCACGUUCUUCGCAGCUUGUUUAGUGCUACUCCCUUGACAACUGAUGAUGGUGUGCUUCUGCGGAGGAUGGCACUGGAAAUUGGAGCUUUGCACCUAAUUCUUGUCUGUCUCUCAGCUCUGAGUCAUCAUGCACCACGAGUUCCAAACUCUAGCCUUAGCCAGACUGAGCCACAGGUGUCAAAUUCUCAUAACCCUACAUCAACAGAAGAACAGCAGCUGUAUUGGGCCAAAGGGACUGGCUUUGGCACAGGUUCCACUGCGUCAGGAUGGGACGUGGAACAAGCCUUAACUAAACAGAGGCUAGAAGAGGAGCAUGUGACCUGCCUGUUGCAGCCUCUGACCUAUGCUUACAACCCAGUAUUUGCACUCCAUUCUGCACUGGUACUUCAUACCUGCUACGCAUAUACUGGGCAGCUAAACUUUCUGGACAUGGCAAGACAUGUGCCGCUCUAUCGAGCUCUGCUAGAGUUGCUCCGCGCCAUUGCUUCUUGUACAUCUAUGGUGCCGCUGUUGUUGCCUCUUUCUACAGAGAAUGGUGAAGAAGAGGAAGAUGAACAGUCGGAAAGUCAGACUUCUGUUGGUACAUUAUUAGCUAAAAUGAAGACCUGCGUCGAUACCUACACCAACCGCCUAAGAUCUAAAAGGGAAAAUGUUAAAGCAGGCGUCAAGCCGGAUGCACCUGAUCAAGAGCCGGAAGGACUGACGCUUCUGGUCCCCGACAUCCAGAGGACUGCUGAGAUCGUCCACGCAGCCACCACCAGUCUGCGGCAAGCGAACCAAGAGAAGAAACUAGGUGAAUACGCAAAGAAGGUGGCUACGAAACCCAAACCCCUGUCAGUAUUAAAAUCACUUGAAGAAAAAUAUGUGGCUGUCAUGAACAAACUGCAGUUUGAUACAUUUGAAAUGGUUUCUGAAGAUGACGAUGGGAAAUUGGGUUUUAAAGUAAAUUACCACUACAUGUCUCAGGUGAAAAAUGCCAACGAUGCCAACAGUGCUGCUAGAGCUCGCCGCCUAGCUCAAGAAGCAGUGACACUUUCAACCUCACUGCCUCUGUCAUCAUCUUCCAGUGUCUUUGUACGCUGUGAUGAGGAGAGACUUGACAUCAUGAAGAGCCCUGCCUGCCUCUGCCUGGCACCACUGCCUGGCAGCCACACUACUCUUGAUUCUAAGAAGAAGCCUUUUUCUAGUCCUCUGUCUGAGACAGUUUGCUAUAAAUUCUGUUCAAUUGUGUCUUUUCUUCUUAAGGUUUGUUUAAGCAUCCUGAAUACAUGGCAUGGAAGACCAGAAGAGAAAUGGAACCCUCAGACAUCAAGCUUUUUGCAAGUGUUGGUUUCUGUCCAGUCCCUUAUAUUAGUAGCUGAGCCUUACUUCAAUGAACCAGGAUACGAACGGUCUAGAGGCACUCCCAGUGGCACCCAGAGCUCUCGAGAAUACGAUGGGAACAUCCGACAAGCAACGGUUAAAUGGGCUAUGCUAGAACAAAUCAGAAAUCCUUCACCGUGCUUUAAAGAAGUUAUACACAAACAUUUUUACUUGAAGAGAAUUGAGAUCAUGGCCCAGUGUGAGGAGUGGAUUGCAGACAUCCAGCAGUACAGCAGUGAUAAGCGGGUGGGCAGGACCAUGUCUCACCAUGCAGCUGCUCUCAAGCGCCACACUGCUCAGCUCCGAGAAGAGCUCCUGAAACUUCCCUGCCCUGAAGGCUUAGACCCAGACAUUGAGGAUGCCUCCCCGGUGUGCAGGGCCACAGCAGGUGCUGAAGAGACUCUAACCCACGACCAUGUCAACCCCAGCAGCAGCAGAGACCUCCCCAGUGACUUCCAGUUAUGAGCUGCAGUGAUGUGGAUUUCGUAGACACAAAGGCUUCGAAGCACAAGCCAAAUAUGUCAAUAUUUGUAUGUAAGAAACUAAUUAUGUAAUAGGUAAUGAAACUGAAACUAUACUAUGCCCUUAAGGAGAUCCAGUUUAAUUCAAGGUGAUCUUUGAUUUACCUGUACAAGAGUGUAAACUUUUUUGUGCUUUUAUUUUUCAAUUGUGAGAACCACUGAUUGGUAUGUUCAACAAAUUUGUGUAUACAAAAAAAUGGAUAAAUCACUGAUCUAUAAGGGAAACUACCUUAGGAAAGAAUGUUUACUGAAUGUUUAUCUCUUUUUUUUUUUUUUUUUUUUACUGUAGAGUGAGAGGUUGUUAACAAAGAAUAUAUAUUGGUCAUUCUUACAACUACUAUUUAAAGUCAGCAACUUUUCACUGAAUUUGAUAGAUUUUGUUUGGCCAUAUCUUCAUGCUCAUAUUUGAUUUCUGAAGACUUCCUACAUACACUUUAAUAAAAGUUAAACAGACAUAGCCCCCUCUUUUUUGAUUUACUGGUACAUUUUUAAGUAAUAAAUCUGCCAUAAAAUGCACUAUAGCUGGAGACUUGCACUUGUAUGGAUGAAUUUAUUACAUUCAACAUAUUUAAUUUUAUGCCUUCUAAGAUGCAGAAAAAAAUAAAUGAACAUGAUUUUAUUCUAUGCCAAACAUUUGGGCCUCUGAAUGUAUCCAUUAUUUGAAUUUAAUAUAUGAAAAGGUAUGGUCAAUUGGAAAAGUCGCUUUAAACUGUUUUCCUCAAGGGCUCCUCUUACUCCUGGACUGUGUGGUUCUGUUCCUGAAGUCACAUGUAUGUAUCACCACGGAGGCUCUGUAGAGGAGAGAGGCUGGGCCUCUCUGGUGCUGUUACAGUACAUUCUGUACCUGCCAUAUGGGCUCGUUUUCAUGCAAAUUCUUCCUAGAGCCAAUAAAUAAAAAUGUAGGUGAAUUA